AUGACGUAUUUAUCUUUUAAAAGAAUAAAAAUCAUUAUUUUCAACCACGCAACUAUUGCAGGAUUUAGAUUUUUAUGUCUUCAUACUCAAUUAAUUCAUACAUGUCAUUAUGUAAAAGAUCAAAAAGAAAAACAAUGGAAUUAUAAAUCAGUGAAAAAAACACAUAAGCGUUUUUUACCAAAGAAUCCUUUGGUAUUAUGUCAUGGAUUAAUGGGGUUUGACAAAAUAGAAAUUGGGAAAUACAAGUAUUUCAAAUCAUUUCCUUUUAUCGUUUUAUAUUAUUGGAGGGGAAUAAAAGAAGUUUUAGAAGCAAAUGGUGUAGAGGUAUUUAUAACAUCAGUUCCAAUGCUAGGAACAGUAGAAGAAAGAUCAUAUCUUCUCCAUAAACAAAUUGAGGACAAGUAUAAAGGAUAUAAAGUAAACUUGAUAGCACAUAGUAUGGGUGGUUUAGAUUGUCGAUAUCUGAUAUCUAAAAUAAACCCUAAAAAAUAUCAAGUUGGGUCCUUAACUACAAUUGCAACCCCUCACAGAGGAACAUAUUUUGCAAAUUAUUGCCUUAAAUUAAUUAAUGCACUUAAUAUUUCAAAAACGUGCAACUUAUUUUCCUUAAUGGGGCUACAAACUCAAGUAAUAGAAGAAUUAACGACAACAUAUAUGGAGAAUGUUUUUAAUAAAAAUGUAAUUGAUGAUCCUAAUGUUUUAUAUUUUAGUUAUGGUGCUUCUUUUGUACCUUCAUUUUUUAAUAUAUUUCGGUUAAGUUGGAAUAAAAUAAACAACGCAGAAGGUAUGAAUGAUGGACUUGUUAGUGUAAAAAGCUCGAUUUGGGGGAACUAUAAGGGAACACUUGAAAAUGUCAAUCAUUUACGCGUGAUAUUAGCUUGA